AUGUCUCUUUCAAAAGCCGACACAGAUGUCAUCCUGAAUAAGGCCAACAUCGCCCUCGCCCGCAGCCAGCGCCUUGUCGCAUCCUGGCUCCCCGCAACGCCUGCAACAGGCGAAAACAAUGCGAAAACCGACGCCGAGCUGCAAAAAGAAGAAGAGGAGAUUUUUACAGCUGUUCCUGAGACACUUGGUCUCGGAGCGCCGUUGCCUACGAAAGCCGCAGAUGGGAGCUGGAACCGCAGGGAGCUCGAUUCGAACGAUGAACUACGGAGACAGCUACUCGGGAGAAAUUAUAAAAGGGUUAUGGCUGAGAAAGAGAAGGCACGACAAAAGACCGCUGAUCCUGCGUCCAAAAAUCAUGCCUCGAAAGGAGCGCCAGGUCAUAACCAGCAGGGCUCGGCUGUCGGAAAAAACGAAGAUGUCGAUGAUGAUGAUGAGGGCCGGGCAGCGUCAAUUAGCAAGAACGCAUCGUCGAGAAAGAGAAAGGUCGGGGGGAGCGCUGAGCCUACAACACGGACUGAAGGUGCGGAUAGCGAAACGAAGUACAAGGACAGUGAGGAAGAGAAUACGGCCAGCUCACAAGGGCUUAGGGCCAAGGGGAGGAAAAAAGCCACAAGUUUUCUUGAUGAGAUCUUGGCUGAGCGGUCAAAGAAGAGAAAGAAGCGAUGA